AUGGUUCCGGAGGGGGGGGGCAACGGCGGCGGCGGCGGCGGCGGCAGCAGUGGCGGCGGCGGCGUCUAUAGUUCUGAAGGUAGAGGCAACGGCAGCGGUGGCGGCGGCGACAGCUAUGGUUCCGGAGGUGACGGUAGCAGCGGCGGCGGCGGCUACAGCUCUGGAGGAGGUGAAGGCAACGGCGGCGGCGGCAGAGGCUAUGGUUCCGGAGGUAGAGGCAACGGUGGCGGUAGCAGCGGUGGCGGCGGCUACAGCUUUGGAGGAGGUGAAGGCAACGGUGGUAGUGGUGGCGGCACAGGCGGCGGCUAUGGUUCCGGUGGUGGAGGCUAG